CCAGCAAACAAGCGCUUGUCAGCAAACAAAUCGAACCGAAAUCGUGAAAACAAUCGUACUGCAGUGCUUCGCAGUAAAUUAGAUUUCCCCCCAUUUCGAUUAGGGUGUUGUAUUGUAAAUACUAAACUAAGCAACGUCGACAAACAACUUCCCUCCUCAUCUAUCAGCCCAACGAUCGGAUCGGCGCACGGCGAGCGUUCAAUCUCUGCGAUGGCGUCAUCUGAGAUGGAGGAUCUAAUGUUCGGCGAAAUCUGCCGAUGCUGUAUGGCCAGCAAGCCCCGCAUGAAGCCGCUGUUCGAAACAAACCUGUUCGCAAUGCUUAAUGCCAUCACAGGGCUAAAUGUGCAUCAAAACGAUGGGCUACCGUCGCAGCUUUGCGUACCGUGCGUACUACAGAUCCGGCGUUCCCACUUCUUCAAGCUACAGUGUGAAACUACGGACCUAACUUUACGCAGCUACGCGGUAGAGACUAAACACGCUCCGGAUGAUUACAACCACGGGGAGAAAGAGGUACGGAACAUAAAAACCGAAGCCGAUUCCUCGUCACAAAACAAUAACGAAAGCGAGACGGCAAACGCGGCGCCAAAAUCGACCACGCUCGUAAGACAACCGCAACCGAAAAAGUUCAUCUGCCAGGAGUGUUCGAAAGAGUUCGUAACGGACAAAAAGCUGAAGCGCCACAUACGUACGCACUACGUCGAUAAGCCGCAUGUGUGCCACGAAUGCGGUGUUUCGUUCCUGGAGAAAUGUAAUCUUAGUAAGCACAUGCUCAAGCAUACGGGCGAACUACGGAACAGCACCGACAAACCGCACCUGUGCUGCGAGUGCGGUAAAUCCUUCAAGUACAGCACCUCACUGUCCCGCCAUAAACGGUUCCACGCGCAGCGUAACCUGUUCGAUUGUCCGAUCUGUUCGAAGUCGUACGUCGAGCAGAGUUCGCUCGAUGUGCACAUCCGGACGCACACGAACGAGCGGCCGUUUAUGUGUUCCAUCUGCAACAAAGGAUUCUCCCAAAAGGCUAAUCUCGAGCGGCACGAACGGACUCACACGGGUGAAAAACCGUACAGAUGUGAUUUGUGUGGCAAAUGUUUCACGCAGAAGAGUUACCUUUGCAUCCACAAGCGGAUACACGCGAAGGAAAAACCAUUCGCUUGUCCAAACUGUACCAUGUGCUUCGUUUCACGCAACUCACUGGUAAAGCAUCAGCAGAAACCGUGCUCGACCAAUUUGCACCGGUGCAACACGUGCCAGAAAACGUUCCGGUACAAGAGCCGGCUCCGUUUGCAUCGGCGGACGCAUCAUUUAAAAAAUAGCGCCUACCCAUGCCCGGUCUGCGAUCGAGGAUAUCAUCAGGCGAAAAGACUGGAAGCGCACAUACGAACCGAACAUCCGGAUGUGCCCGUGGCGAGUGAUGGUGAGUUUCUUAUCGAGGAAGGAGAAGCCAACACGACGGCCGACGGUACCUCUAAAAAAUCAUCCUGGAGCCGCCAGAGAACGAAACGAUCUGCGGCGAGUAUCGAUUCUGAUGAAGCGUACGCCGAGCAAGAAGAGGAAGAGGAGGAGGAGGAGGAGGAUGAAGAAGAAGGGGGAGAGGAGGUAGAAGUAGAGGAAGAGGAAGAGGAGGACGAGGAGAUAGAAAUGGAGGAAAAUGUUAGCAUGCUAGAAGAUUACGAAGAAGCAGACGAGGAAGAAACACAUGCGAACGAGGAGUAUCUGGUAGAUGUGUUGUCCAACGUUGGCAGCAUGGUCGAACAGGACGGUUACGAUGACUUUGGCACUGAGUACGACAUAGUGAAGGAAGAACCGCUGCUGGAAAUUAGUAUCAUGAAUCCGGACGAUGUCCAGAAUUCAGAUGUUGAACAAUAGGCAUAUGGUUCAGAGCGACCACCAGCACUUUCUGUGCUUUUGCUUGUAAAUUAGGGUUUUCUUUCUUUUUUUAAAGGAAAUUGAAAUAGUAAUUAGGAAAAAAAGAAGAAUAUCAUGAAACAAUGAUAGCGAACGAAUAAAUCUAUUACAAAGAAAGGAACAAGGGAACGUUUGUUGCCAACUUAGUUAAAAGAACGCGGAAAAACACUUUUGCUUAAAUUACACCCAAAAAAGUUACAAGAAAGGAAUAAAUUUUACUUGAGAUCCUUGUUGUAGUUCAUCAACCAUUUGUUUAAGGUAAAUUUGUAAAUAACACUCUGUUGACAUAACGUUUUAGUUAUACGCUUAUCAAUAAAGAACGCCGCAACGUUUCCUCAAUCGUCGACCGUUGCCGCGCGUACAAUCAAA